CCAUGAACGCGCAGUAGAUUCAUAAACAACCACAUAAAACAAUCGUACAUGAAAACAUAUUACUUAAGAAAAAGCAUGAUUUCCACAUGCAAAUGUUAAGUAUCUGUACUUGUUACAAACCAUUGUCAAAAAGACAAGUUUGUUAAAAAAUGUUCAGGAAGUUGAAAAGAGUCCUUGAAUACACAAAAAAGUGAUCAUCCCCCAAACCAAAACAAGCCUUGUUGCUUUGCUCUGGUGCCAGAAACAGCACAGACACAAUGUGUGUCAAAUGGACUGUAACAUUCCAGGCAUUUUCAGUGUGAGCAGUAAUUGCUUUCUCUCUUGUUUGGCUGUGUGCUGUGCUUUUCGUGAAUCCUUCCCACACCCAAUUAGCAAAUGAGGUUCAGCUUUUCUACUGUGAUCUUAUCUCUGAGGUACAGUCCAGGAAUCUUGUUUUUAUCUGUCUUAAGGCUUUCAACAUGGAGUUGUUAUGCUUUUUGUAUGUACUAAUAACCUUAAAUGCUGCCAUUGGCUUGAAGUUUGAAGAGAAUCUUCCUGAAGAUUUUGAAAACAGUGAUCUUAGCAAGGCCAUUUUGGAGAUGCUUCACAUCAACAAACUGUCGAUCCCUCAACAAGAAAAGCCACAUCCGUAUAUGAAGCAAAUUUACCACCUACUGAGCACACAAGAAUCGAAGCAGAAAAGCGACCCAGAUGGGACUCUGGUACAGAGUUUCCGUAGUAUACAAGGCACAAAAUAUAGCAACCCUGGUUGGAUCUGGUUUAACUUGUCAUACUUACAGCCCUCUAUGACUGUUGCCGAGCUGAUUUUACUGAGAAAAACCUUACACACUGAGCCACUCACAGUAACAGUGUCUGUACACAGUCUCUCAUUCGAAACCGGAAACCUGAGCAUAAGUGGCCCUUUAACUGAGCACCUGCUCACUCUGGAUGAACUUCCCCUAUCAAGAUAUGAUGUGUUCAAUGUGACAGCAGCUCUCCCUCAUCAUGCCCAUGGACCACACAUACUUGGCUUCCAGCUGCGCUUCAGGGAUGAAAGUGGCAGCUUGGUGCUCCAUGAGGCCCUAACGCAGAGCUUGUACUGCUUAAACACAAGCUCCCUGAGUCAGCCUCUUCUGGUCACCUACAAGGUGAAAACUUCAGAGUGGCAGAUCUUCAAGCGCAGGCAGAAGCAGUACUGCAGAGAAAGCACUUAUCAGAUUAAACAGAAUUCACAUCUCAGAGAGCAGAGAAGCACAAAUGACACAGCAUGCAAACUUUAUGAACGUCUGGUUGACAUACAUAAGACUGAACUGGGUCAAUGGAUACUGCAGCCAACAGCAUUUAACAUCAGCUUCUGCAGGGGUUUGUGCAUGACGGAAAAUGCAAAUCCUUUUCUGGCUGAUCAGAAAGCAAAGGAUAAGCAUUUGGACAAUGACAAAAGUUUACACUGCACCUCACAGGAGACAUCUCCCCUCACGGUUAUGUAUCGGACCAGAACAAGUGACAUCAUCAUAAAGCAAUUAAGAGAUAUCAGGGCAAUGAGAUGUGUUUGCUUGCCCAAUAUUAGAUCUUAGAAAAUUAGAACAUUAUAUAUUAGGAGUAUUAAUGGCUGAAAACAUUGUUAUCUACCCAAAUACAAAGUUAUGUGUUGUCACACAGUGUGUUGAUUAUAAUUUCAUUACUUAAUAGACAUACAAGUUUUAACACUAAAAAAUAUAACCCAUAAAUUAAUUUAGUGAUUAACAUAUUAAUAACAGUUGCUUAAGUGUUCAUAGGGUACUUGGAUGAUAGAGUCUUUCCUACCACCAAUUAUAAUCACCCAGUGCAUGGAAAAAAUAAAAUGUGCAUAAUUAUUUUAUUAGGUUAAUGAAUGUCAGCACUCAGUAGUACUGAAGGAGAGAAAAGAAAGCCAUGCCUAAUUAUCAUUCGGAAUAUUCCUGACACUUUGAGUUAAAAGAAGGCAUACAAUAUUUAUAGCAGAAGAAGAUACAAUGCACAUGGACAUUCAAAAAUAUAAUCUGCUGCUUAUCAACGUUAGAAACAGUGUUCAUGUUAUACUGAUUAACACCUGGUUUUGGCAAUUAAUACAAAGUAAAUUUAUAUUUGACUGGCACUACAUAGUAAAAUAUAUUUGGAAAAAAAAAAUUAUUUAUCUGAACAGCAUUUAAUUUUAUGCUCCUAUAAAUGUACAUACUGUACAGUAAAUAAAUCUCCAGAUAGUUAAGAUGACAUGUUCCACUUUCAUAAUUAGCAAAAACAAAGCCAUAUAAAUUAAUAAAAGCUAUGUCAUCAUGGUUUUAAAGCUUACAUAAAUCCUCAAGUAGGUAUUUAUUAAAUAUUUAUGCAAUGGAUAUGAAUUCACUUGAAAAGGUAGCCUGCAUAAAUGUAUAUCCAGACUUUUGACCACAAAAGGAGAAAAAUGUUGGCUUUUUGUCCAGGACUUUGUCAAUUUUCUAAUGUAUAAUGUACAAUUGUACAUUAUAUUGUACAUCUAAUUGUUCUUGCUUGUAUAUGGUAAUUUCUUGAAUUAUGUUUCUCACAUAGAUAUAAGUAAAGUUCAGUUAGUAUUAUCUAUAAUGUUAAGUUCUAUUAAAAAAGUGCACAUAGCUACAGCAAAAUGACUUCACUGUGAUAUAAAUAAUAAUAAUAAACAUGUGUUCUAUUGGAACCUA